AUGGAGCAUUGGCGUACCAACCAGCCUCAGGCUGUCCACCUGAGAAAGAUCGAGGUAGGCGUCGACGUUCGCACCACUAUCAUGCUGCGUAACUUUCCCAACCCCGCCGACUUCGAGGACUUCAAGAUCUUCCUUGAAGCCACCUCCGAUGGUCACUACGACUUCUCGUACUUGCGCGUUGAAUUUUCUUGCGGCAUUUGCUUCUCACCUUACAUUCUACAUGUGCUUCUUGUUGCAGCCCAAAACACCAACUCGACUGAAAUGAAGCAGCUGCUGCCGCACUGCGCGGACGGUGUCAAGAUUAACAGCAGCAUCGAAACUGCUAUGGCUGGCUGCGAAGAGGACAACGACGGUGCCAGAAGCUUCAUGAUCAACGAGUGA